CUUGUCAGAACGAUGCCAGGCAAACCUGCGCCCAUCAAGAAGUCCCCAGCCAAGAAGGCUGCCGAGAAAGCACCUGAGCCCGCCCCGCAGCCUGAACCCGCCCCGGCGGAAGCCCCACCUGCGGAAGCACCUGCACAGCCCGCACCUGUGGAAACUGCUCCACCGGAGGCUGCAGCUCCCGCUGUGGCCCCGGCCGAAGCGGCUCCCCCCGCCGAGGGAGAGGCAGCCCCCGCCGCCCCGGCUGAGGACACCCCUGCUGCUGAAGGAAGCCCCCCAGCUGAUGCCACAGCCACCGAGGAAGGAUCUGUUUUGACAACUCCCACUGAGGCUGCUCCAGCAGAAGCUGCCGUAGUUGAGGAGUCACCCAAGGCCCCCACCCCCCCACCUCCUGCAGUGCCCACCAGCGCUCCUCUGGACGUCUCUGUGGAUGAUGUAAACAACUCCAGCCUCACCAUUAAAUGGAAGACACCGGAGACCAUCGGUGACUCCGGCCUGGAUGGAUACACCAUAGAGUACCGCAAGGAUGGAACAACAGACUGGGUUGUAGGUAACGAGGAGCUGACUGUAGCAAACCGUCACUGCAUCAAGAAUCUGACCACAGGUGACCUGCUGCAUGUUCGUGUGGUGGCUGUCAACCCCGGUGGCCGCAGUGAACCUGGUACACUUGCAGACCCUGUGCCCAUCCGUGAGAUUGCGGACCGUCCCAAGAUCCGCAUGCCCCGCGUUCUCCGAUCCCGUUACGUCAGGCAGGUUGGAGAGCAGAUCAACGUGGUCAUCCCGUUUCUUGGGAAACCCAAACCUGUGGUGUCCUGGCUUAAGGAUGGUCAGCCUCUGGAUGCAAAGAGGGUCAACAUCAGGAACAGCGACAAGGACAGCAUCCUGUUUAUCCGCACAGCUGAGAGGGACGACUCUGGUGUUUACGAGAUGACUGUUAAAGUGGAGAGCUUUGAAGACAAAGCCACCCUCACCCUUCAGAUUGUAGAGCUGCCUGGUCCUCCUGCCAGUGUGAAGCUGGUGGACAACUGGGGUUUCAACGCUGCUCUUGAAUGGACACCUCCCAAGGAUAACGGCAACACAGAAAUCACUGGAUACACUAUUCAGAAGGCCGACAGGAAGACCGGGGAGUGGUUCACGGUGCUGGAGCACUACCACAGGCUAACUGCCACUGUCUCAGACCUCAUCAUGGGCAACUCAUACUCCUUCAGGGUGUUUGCUGAGAACAAAGUGGGCAUCAGUGAGAAGAGUGCUGUCACCAAGGACGUGGCCACCAUCCAGAAGACAGGUAUUGUCUACAAGCCUCCAGAGUACCAGGAGCACGACUUCAGCGAGGCACCAAAGUUCACAACACCCCUCAGUGACCGCGCUGCUACUGUGGGAUACACCACCAAGCUGCUGUGUUCUGUUCGUGGAUGCCCCAAGCCAAAGAUCGAGUGGCUGAAAAAUCAGAUGGUCAUUGGUGACGACCCCAAGUUUCGCCAGAUCUCCAACCAGGGCAUUUGCUCCCUCGAGAUCCGCAAGCCCUGCAGCUUCGACGGUGGUGUGUACACCUGCAGAGCCAAGAACGCCCAGGGAGAGGCAACUGUCUCCUGCAAGCUGGAGGUCAAACAGGUUAUUCUUCCAGAUGCUGAGAAGGGCAAAUAAACAAUCUUUAGAGUGCCUUUAAAGGACCAGCAGAAGUCCAGGUCUUAUAUUUUAAGAAUGUUUGAGAAGGUGAGAGAAAAGUUGUGUCUGGCUGUGCAGCAGUGCGUACGUAAUGAAGAAAGGGACAGAACAACAUACCAACAUCUCCUUAUCUAUUUCCACCAACACGUCCCGACUCAUCCACUCCUUCCAGUAUGCAGGGAGGACCCACACUACCCCACCCAAUACGGUUUGCCAAAUGUAUGUUAUUUUAGUUGGUUACGUGUAUGUAAGGCUAUAUUUACCAUGUUUUUUCUGCCUGUGUCCAUUUGCUGUUUGUUUUAGUAGAUACUGCACAUGUACUGCUCAAUAAAACAGUGAAUCCUUA